CCCGGCACUUGUAAUCCUCGUUGGACCCUCGCACACCCAAACAUGAGGAACCUUUUGUGGAUUAUUUUCUUUUUAUCCAUUUCUUUACUCGACUCAGCUCAAAUUCCAAAGAGAUGCUCAGCACCGCCCAGGUAUCCAUCCGCCAGACUCAACAGCAGAUUCGGCAGCAGAAAUACAUUUGGCAGCGGGCAGAAGGUGUACUAUAACUGCGUCGAGGACUUUGUUCCUUACACGGGCGACCUGUCAGUGAUGUGCGUCGAUGGAACCUGGACCGAGUUGACCCUAAAAUGUCAAAAGAGAUCAUGUGGUAAUGCUGGAGAUCUACCCCACGGAUGGCUGCAGUAUGAAGGACAUUCGUUCAUUGGGGAGAAGGUCCACGCAAAAUGCAAUGAUGGAUACACUUUAAAAGGACCCAAGUACAUGACAUGUAAGAAAACUGGUUGGACUGGUAAAUUCCCCACGUGUGAAGAAGACAUCACCUGCUCCACUCCUGAAGUGGCCAACUUGGUGAGCAGGAGCGAUGUUUCCAUUCACCGGGUGGGCGAGAAGGUGACCUUCACCUGCAGUUCAGGCUUCAUGUUGGAUGGCCCACAACAGAUAACUUGCGGCCCCUCAGGCCAGUGGGAGCCCAAACUCCCCCAGUGCCUGACCUCACUUGAAAAAGGUGGCUGUAGCACUCCUGCAAACACCAAGAGCUCGAACACCAACCUGGCGGACACGUUCAUCACCAGGACGACCUUUGCCCCUGGUGAGCGUGUCCAUUACACGUGUGAUGUCGGCUACAGGCCAGUGGGUGGCAGCAGAUACCGGUCGUGUGUCAGUGGACAAUGGACGCCUCUGCUGCUCAAAUGUGAACGUAAGCUGUGUGGGUCUGCAGGAGAGAUUCAAAAUGGAUACUUCAUUUACUCCGGAGUGGAGUUUGGCGACACUGCUACAGCUCACUGUGAUGAGGGGUUUCAGCUUGUAGGACGGCCAACCAGGAACUGUAUGAGUUUUGGCUGGGAUGGUCGUGUUCCCUUUUGUGAAGUGGUGGAGUGUGAAGAGCCUCCAGUAGUGCCCGAUGCAGUGAAGAAAGGCCCAGUAGAAGGUCCACAUAGGUACAGGAGUGUGAUUGUGUAUGAGUGUCGUACAGGCACCCUGGUGGGGAGCAAGGAGGUAUGGUGCACAAAGAACGGCACAUGGAGCACACCUCCGACAUGCAGAGAGAUCACAUGUCCAUCUCCCAGCGUGCCCAACGCCGCCUGGACGCGAGCCCACACCAGACUUUAUCAACACCGGGAUGCGGUCACCAUCGACUGUCGCCACGGUUACACAAGGGUUGGCGCGAGCACUGUCACCUGCGGCGACAACGGCCAGUGGAUUCCCAGUCUCCCCAAAUGCAGACACACACCACGGCGUACUAACUGGAGCCGAUAUGCUGUCUGAUGUGGCGCUAAAGUAUUCAGUCCAGGAACAACAUAACAUUUUUUUUUUAAUAUAUACCUUAAUGCUUCCUUGCCAUUUCCUCACAAAGUUCAUAACAUCCUUACAGACAUUAAAUGUGUAUGUUUAUUUCAAUAAGUGUUUCUGGGCAAGAACAAGUACAAACUUGUUGCAUUCACCUCUGUACAUUUUUUUUUUCUUUACAGUCGAUAAUGUCACGUGUAUCAUCAUCUAUAGACUACACUGCGAGUGAGCGUUCAUGAACAAACAAGCUACAAGAAAAGAAGAACACCAAUUCCAUUCAUUUAAAAAGACAAUACAAAAUCCAGACAUUUACAUGAGCAAUAACAAUUCAAGUGCAAAUAUCAUUAUCAACUCUAUGAUACAUCAUAGCAAACUCUCUUUUAAAAGGCAACAAUUUCAACCAAAAAAAACCAUUCAGGUUGCAGGAAAGAAGCUGAUUCUGGUCUAAGGGGGAGUCCUUAUAAUAUUUUUAUAGGAAUUUCAGUCAGAAUCUUUGAGUAACAUGGCCUUAACUUUGCGAUCAAAA